AUGCCAAUUACUUUGCAAGGAGUACGUCAAUAUUUGAGUGAACUGCGGAAUUCAGGGGGCUUGCAUAAAGACCAGGCAGAAAAGUACCGAAAUGUCUUGUUAGAAAUACUUCAAAAUCCUGCUGAAUUGGCCGAAUCAUUAAAAGCAUUUGUUGAAGCAAUUGUAAAUGAAAAUGUUAGUUUGGUAAUAUCCCGUCAACUACUGACUGAUGUUAGCACUCAUUUAGCAUUGUUGCCUGAUGAUGUGUCACAAGAGGUUUCUCAUUUUGCAUUGGAUGUUAUUCAACCCCGUGUUAUAUCAUUUGAGGAGCAGGUUGCAAGUAUUAGACAGCACUUAGCAGAUAUCUAUGAGAGACAUCAAAACUGGAAAGAAGCAGCAAACGUACUAGUUGGAAUUCCCCUUGAAACUGGUCAAAAGCAAUAUUCAGUAGAUUACAAAUUGGAAACCUAUUUGAAAAUAGCCAGACUUUAUCUUGAAGUUGAUGAUCCUGUACAGGCUGAGGCAUUCGUUAACAGAGCCUCACUACUACAAGCAGAAACAACUAAUGAACAGUUGCAAAUAUAUUACAAAGUGUGCUAUGCAAGAGUUUUGGAUUACAGAAGGAAGUUCAUAGAAGCUGCACAAAGAUACAAUGAACUAUCUUAUCGCAAUAUAAUACAUGAGGAUGAAAGAAUGACCUGCCUGAGGAAUGCUCUCAUCUGCACCGUGCUUGCAUCUGCAGGUCAACAAAGAUCUAGGAUGCUUGCAACACUGUUCAAAGAUGAGCGAUGCCAGCAGCUACCAGCCUAUUCUAUUCUAGAGAAGAUGUAUCUUGACCGCAUUAUUCGUCGCUCAGAGCUGCAUGAAUUUGAAGCUUUAAUGCAAACUCAUCAAAAGGCCACAACAUCAGAUGGAUCUACGAUACUUGACCGUGCAGUUUUCGAGCACAAUCUGCUAUCGGCCAGUAAACUGUACAACAACAUUACUUUCGAAGAGUUGGGAGCGUUGCUAGAGACUCCUCCCGCCAAAGCCGAGAGAAUUGCUAGUCACAUGAUAAGCGAGGGCCGGAUGAAUGGAUACAUCGAUCAGAUCAGCUCUGUUGUCCAUUUUGAAACUCGCGAGAUACUACCGCAAUGGGACAAACAGAUCCAAAGUUUGUGUUACCAAGUAAACAGCCUAAUUGAAAAGAUAGCAGCAGCAGAACCCGAGUGGAUGGCGAAGCUUAUGGAGGAGGAAAUGAUUCAGUAG